AUGACCGACUCGCCAUUUGUGCGCUCUCCGCUCGAUCCCAAGGAACAGCCCAUCCUCGACCGUCUGCUCGGCUUGCGUGACCAGCUCUCCGUGCUCAAGAGCGACCGUUCAUCAUACAUUCGCACCCAAGAUGUCUUGGACCUUUACACAAAGUUGAUCGGGGAGGUCGAGAAGCUCAACGAUCUUCGUGCAGACAAGCGUAGCGAACAGAACAGGGUCGACACGGUGCUCGACGACUGCUUCCAGCUCGUCUCCCUAUUCUUCCUUACCAUCGGUCGUAACCAGGAAGCUCCCGCUGUCUAUUCUGCCGUCUCUACCGUCAAACGUCUCCUGGACCAUCUCAAGGAAGCCGGCUUCUACCUACCCCAAGACCUCGAAUCCAUCGAACACAAUCUCCGAAAAUGGCGUUCAUCUGUCGAACGCGGCCGAGACGUCCACAGUGACUCUUUGAUGACGCUACUUGAAGCACGUAUCGACGUCUGCUACCAGACCCUCAAAGACCUCCAGGCUUCGCUAUCUCGCCUCGAACCCGAACUCAUGGGCUACUACGAAAAGCUCGUCUCAAUCCUGCGCUCACUCUCUGCUUGCAACACACGAUCAAAGUUCCCCGUCAAGGAAGUUGAAGAACUAGGGGACCAGCUCAGGCAGAUUCAGGCAGAGUUGAAAGAUGCUGGCGUCUCACACAAGGGCAGGACAGCCGAGGAAGCAUACGCCGAACGCCUGCAACAAGUUCAUAUUGAUGAGAACCAUAUUGAGGAGGGUGACAAGGUCGUUUCCUUCCUGCUGAGCCGUUGUCUACUCUGGCUCGAAAUCGUCCAGGAGAAGCAAGGCAAGAUCGAAGAUCGUUUCCGCGAGACCUACGACAAACUGGUAAAGCUGCGCAACACUCUCGACAACAUGAACCUCACCCAGGCCUGGUCUCUGCGCGAGACAGACUUGUACAGCUACCAACGACAGCUUGACCGCAUCGACGAAUCUCGCGUCGAUGGCAACUUCCUCGACGCCGACGGGAAGCCUGCCGAUCUACACGCGCAGAGGACACUGCUCUACCUUCUUCGCAAGAGCUACUCAUACAUCUACCACUACAUCAUCUCGUCGGAGCCUGUUUCAGAAGCUCUGUUGCCCAUCUACAACCAACUGCUCACUCUCAAACGCUGCCUGCUCGAAGUCAAGCGCGCGGGUGGUGUUGAUUCUCCUCGCGAGCUGUACCCGUACAGCAUGAAGCUCAACUCAAUCGACAACAUGAAGAAAGAUGGCAAGUUCAUGGUUGGAGAUGAUAUUCCCGAAGGUCAGGGAAGUGUCACAUCGUUACUCGCUGAAUGUUUCGACAUCGCCUACGACCUCAGGAACGAAGCGGAAGAGCGUCAAGACGCCGCCGAGCUGGCCGAAGGCACCGAAAAGGAGUAG